CUCUUCUUAACCCUUUAGCAACAAGAAGGAGUACUUCUACUUUUAAGUAGGAGAACUUUUCUUUCCACUACCUAUGAGGGACAAAUGCUCAUUUCAUAAAGCAAGAGGGACAACUCAUUUUCCCUCCACUUCUUUUCCCUCCAUUUCCCAUUCAAUCUAUCAUUUAAACCCAACACUAAACUUGUCCGAGAAGAUAAAGCAGAGAAACUUGAAGGACAAUCUAAAAGAAUCCAUAUAAAGGCAGCAAUGUGUUUGAAAGAUAAGUGGGUAAAUUGUGGGAGGAGCUUUGGACAUGUUCUUGGAGUUGAAAUUGGGGAUCAAUUCCGAUUCAGGGCAGAACUUGUUAUGAUCGGACUACAUCACCAAUUUAUUAAGGGUAUCGAUUAUGCGAAUAUUAACGGGAGAGAUGUUGCAACUAGCAUCGUUGAUUCUAGUCGGUACGAGAACGAGGCCAUAUCUUCUCAAACACUCAUUUAUGUAGGUGAAGGUGGGAAUCCAAAAGCUUUUGUUAAUGCGAGAGUGGAAGAUCAGAAGCUUGAAAAGGGUAAUCUUGCCUUGAAGAACUCCAUGGACUUGGGAUAUCCGGUGAGGGUUAUUUCUAGUCGACAAAGCGUGAAUAGUGAAAAGAGUGAUAAAAGAUACAUUUACGAUGGGCUUUACACCGUGACAGAGUGUUGGCAAGAAAGAGGUUCAACUGGAAAAUAUGUUUUCAAGUUUGAAUUGAAAAGAAAUCUUUGCCAACCAAAAGUUACUCGUGAACUAGAGUAAUAGCCAGCAAAUUUAGGCAAAGGUAAAUCAUUUUCGUCAAAACGUAAACAAGGCAAUAAAAUCAAUUCUGCAAUCGGAGUUUGUUGUUGAGUAUGAUAUCUCGCAAGGAAAGGAGAAGAUACCAAUCCCCGUUGUCAAUGCAAUAGAUGAUGAGAGACUCCUGCCAUUCACUUACAUUACCAAUAUGCAUUAUCCAAAUUGGUAUUAUAUAUCUAGGCCUCCAGGUUGCAGUUGCAUAAGUGGAUGCUCGGAGUCCGAGCAAUGCUCUUGUGCUUCUAGGAACGGAGGCGACAUUCCAUUCAACACAAAAGGCUCUAUUAUUAAAGCAAAGCCUCUUGUUUAUCAACCGUAGCUGCUCACUGAAUCUAUAUGCUCAAAAUGUCACUGAAUUUAUAUGCUCACCAAGAGUAUUGCUCCAUUAGAGGAGCUUGCUUAUCACUACAAUUACCAAAUUGGUGAUGUUUAAAGAUACAAAUGG